UUUCUUUAAAAAAUCCUGCGUUUGGGCUUUCAAAUCUUAAGAAAAUAUACGGCCCAUGUUAAAAACCUGACAUACCCUAAUCUUCUAAAAUCAUCAUCGAAUCAAUCGUCUCCUGUUGAUCAAAAAAAAAAAAAAUCAAUCGUCUCCUUUCAUCUUCUUUUCCAAUCUUCGUUACACAUAAUCAAUCGUUCACUUUAAUUCCAUCUUGAUGAUUUCCUUUGGCCUCCUCUCUUUCUCAUUCUUUAUAAACUCAUUCUUUUUUAGCUUUUUUAAAGUCCUUAUUAGAUCCAUCAUCCAGUGUCGCAUCUGCUACCCAUUCAGUGGCCUCAGCCUCAAAACGAAGAGAUUCUACUCGCCAUGGAAGAAGUUGAGUUCAAAGAAAAGUUUAUGUUUGUUGUUAGGUUCGACAACUACGGCAAGUACGGGCUUCUGUGCGGUGCAGACGGGCCAGCACACCUGAUAGUGAACAGAGACCGGAGACCAGAGGCAUUGGGGAGAGUUUAAAACACCAGGAAUUUUUUUCAUGUACAUCGCGGGAUGGAUCGGGUGGGUGAGGAGAAACUACUUGAUAGCGAUUAGUGACGAGAAGAAACCAGCGAUGAAAGAGAUCAUCAUUGAUGUACAAUUCUCUUACAGACUCAAACCGAAGCUGUCAAUCUUCUCUACGGUGCCAAAACCCAGUCGAAUCCGGAGAACAGUGUGGGGAUCUUGACAAUGGCAGGUAAGGAGUUAGAGUCUUGACUACGCCUACCUCUGCUGAUCUUGGCAAGAUUCUGGCCUGUAUGCACAGUAUGUCUCUCUACUCAAAAGCAAUUUUUGUAAUUGUUGUUGUUUUGAAGGAGGCAUCAAUUUUACUGUCUUUUGACCCCUCGAUGUUGGAGAGUUUAAUUUGACAACAGCGAUCCAGAUUGCUCAGCUUGCUCUUAAAAAUUGCCAAAAUAAGAAUCAGCGCCAAAGUAUUAUUGUUUUCGCUGGAAGGGAGCAUGGGAGGGGAUGAGCCUUAACAGAGGAGAAGAACAGCUGAGGUGCAGUGACAACAUCACUGGAUUCUGCCUCCUCGAGAGUGGAUCAAAUGCAACACUGAUGGAUCUUUUCUUGAUGAAGAGCUCUCACUUUUGGACGUCAUUAAAAGCCAGGCUAGAAGAGCAACCAAAGUGGUCCUCCUCCUGCUUACCCCAUGCACGAUGUACCUUAUCAUCCACCUCCUUUUCCACCUAUGUCGUAUCCCACUGGUCCUGAUUUUCCAUAUGCUCUUUAUCCUCCUUACCCAAUUCCUGGAGCUCCUGUUGCAGAGUCUGGCAACGAGAAGCCAGUGCAAGCAUCCCCUCUUCCACCACCUCCUCCUCAAGGAUAUCCUAGACAGCAUCAGAGGGGUUACGGCCCAAGAAACAUGCCGCAUGGAGCUGGACCUAGGGACUUUGUGAGACCUCCGUAUAUGGGGCAAGGUCCUGGGUUCAUGGUUGGUCCAGGUCCUGGUUUUCCCGGUCCUGUGUACUACUUCCCGGUUCCACCCCCUGGAGCUAUAAGAGGCUACCCUCCACGCUUUGGUCCGCACCCUGGUAACCAGGGUCCUCAAGCUCUUGACGAAAACCUUCAGAAUGAUCAGUACCUCAUUUCCUUAAUGGAUGAACAAGGAUGGGUUCCCAUCAAAAUCAUAGAUGACUUCAAAAGGGUUAAGAUGAUGAACAUGGAUGUAGAGUUUAUAGCAAAGAUAACUUUAAAAACUCUUCAAAGCAUACUGUUCUCGAGGGAGAUCAAAUGGUGGUCGACUAAGUUUGAAGCAAUUUCAUUCUGAUGGACUAAGAGGGAGGCAAACAAAGUAGCAGAUCAGUUACCAACUACUAGGCCUUUAGACAAUUCUUUUAAAUUUCAUUACCAUGUAUCACAAUAUAUCACUAAUCUUCUUCAUGAAGAUCAUGCAUGUGCUCUUGACUGCAUAUAGUAAUAAUAAACAUAGAGGUUAUAAAAAAUAAAAUUUAUAUUUUUCAA